AUGCAGGACGUUGACUAUGAGCUGGUGUACGAGCCCGGAAAAGACGAAGCAGACCCCCUAGACUACCUAUCCAGGCACCCACUACCUGAAACAGGAGAUGACAGCACCGAAAAGAUCAUCAGAUGGACCGUGAACACAGAACAUGCUGUAGUCCUCACAAGGAUUAGAGAAAAAACCCCGAAAAAUGAAGUGAUGCAAAAACUAGUGAAGAGAAUAGUGAAGGGAGACUGGGAAAAGCACAAGCGAGACAAAGACCUGGAACCAUAUACCUUCACGUGAAGCAAGAGUUGUCAAUCACAGAAGGACUGAUUUUCAGAAAACAGCAUAUAGUGCUACCAGCAACCCUACAGAAGAAAGUAGUCAAGCUAGGACACAAACUUGGACACUUGGGCAGGACCAAGACCAAACAGCUACUGAGAGAGAAAUACUAG